GAUUUGUAUUGUGCAUUUUAUACAUAUCAUGUGGGCACAAUGCGGUAAAGCGCACAAUGAUUACCGGUAGGUGUAAAUUCCAUAUUGCUUAACUAUGAAAGCGAGUCUUUAUGUAACCUUGAAGUCUUAUAUAAAACUACAAAUAAUUGAAGCAAGGACAUAGUAGAACGAUUUUUUGUGUGGAGGACUGUGGUUUUACAUAGCAAUUUUCUCGUGUUUUCACGGGAUUCACAAUAACAUCAGACAUGUUCGCUGCAUCGAUAUUGAAUUUACAUUUACUACCGGACGUUACAAGUGUACUUGUUUUCAUUGUGACAUUUCUACUGAUUUACUGGUCAACUCGGAGACAUCCUGGCAUACCUCCUGGUCCUGGUCGCUGGCCAAUCAUCGGCAACCUGGGGUCGCUGGCUGGACCGGACAAACUCAAGGUGUUUCGAGAUCUUCGCCGUAAAUACGGCGACGUGUUUGCAUUGUAUUUUGGUUCGGAACUUACCGUUUUUCUGAACGGCUACGACGCUAUAAAGGAUGCGUUCUUAAAGCAAGGUCGCCAUUUUUCAUUUCGUCCAGAGAAUGACUUCGCAAAGCGGUAUAUAGUUAGUGAUCUGGUAUUCGGGAAUGGUUCGGAGUGGAAAUCCAAACGUUUGUAUAUAAUGAAUGCGUUCCGUGAUAUAUGUUUUACCAGAAAUGGCGCCGUCUUGGAGCAAAUUGUGCACGAGGAAUUAGACUUGCUAAUUGAACAUUUAACACAAAUCAAAGAACCGUUUUGUCCUAGGAAAACGAUGUCACUAAGUUUUGCCAGUGUGGUGUUUAACAUUCUUCACGGUAAACGUCCAGAACGCGAUGAUAAACGCUUUCUGUGGUAUCUUGACACAGUUGACAAGGGGUUUCAUAUGUUUCUUAGCAGUCAGGUGCGGCAUUAUUGUUUUCCAUGGUUUGACAAACUUCCGGGUGACCUGCUUCGAUUACGAUAUGCAAGGGAUAUGUCAGCAUCGCAUAUCGACUAUUUUGAGGAAGUAUUUAAGGAGAGGGAGGCGACUGCCCUAAAAGGAUCCCGGGACUGCUUGUUAGAUUUCUUCUUAUCCGAGGACUCCCCAGUGACACGUGACGAGAUUUGGAAAUGCCACGAAGACCUCAUGGCGGCGGGAAGUGAAACAUCGGCUACCACACUGACAUGGAUGAUACUAUUUCUAGCUCUCAAUCCAGACGUUCAGGACAAAUUACACGCCGAAAUCACGCGCAAAGUCGGUAAAGAGGUACCCACGAUUAGUGACCGCUCCGAAAUUCCAUACGUGGAAGCAGUGAUACUGGAAACUUUACGGAUUGGUAGCAACGUGCCAUUGGGUGUGCCCCAUUUCGUAAAGGAGGACGUGUCAUUUAGAGGUUUCUUAAUACCCAAAGGCACAACUGUCAUCGCCAAUUUAAGCUCCACGCACCACGAUUCUUCAGUGUUUCAUGACCCUUUCGCAUUUAGGCCAGAGCGUUUCUUAGACGAAUCCGGUCGUGUUUUGCAACCAUCGGAGCAAGUGAUCCCAUUUUCUAUGGGUCAAAGGUCGUGUUUAGGGGAAACUAUCGCACGUAUCGAACUGUUUUUGUAUGUUACAAGGAUCGUGCAAAACGUUCAGUUCAAACUGCCGGCUGGUUGCAAACGGCCAACACUUAAUGGUGUUUUUGGACUGACGUACAGACCCGAGGAUUAUAAUGUAGAUAUCGAGAAGAGAAAUUAGACGAUUCACGCGUUGUUUUAUACGGAAAUAAACAGUUGGUAAUCCAAUCAAGUCAGACGUGACAUUUAAAGAUAUGAACAAUGUUGGAACAUGUCCGGAAACAUCUGGUCCGGCCAUGAAAUUAACGUGAUCCAAUUAACUUAGCAUUAUUACUUUAUAAAGACACAGUUAACUUAACGUAUUUGUCUUAUUUUGUUUCUUAUAGUAACGUCUGAUAAUAAUAAUGUAUGUUUAAUAGUGUGGAUGACGUUCAUUAGUUUCAUUGAAACAUUUGAAAAGCAGGUGUCAUUUGUGACCUUGCAUUUUUAUGAAAGACAACAGCAGUAAAACUUACGUCAAUUCAAUCUUACAAGAGUUUAAAGCAUACAAUAAAAGGAGCCGUAUUUU